AUGGGGAACUGCUGGCCAAAGCCUGUGGAUAGUCUCCCAAGCGCCGCCAAACUGUCCAACCCAAUCCACAACGAUGCAAAACCUUUAAAACCCUUCAAGAACAACAGCAACAGCAACAGUGGUCAGAAAAGCUUGUCGCCGCCAUGUGACGACACAGGUGGUGGUGUUGAAGAAGUGCCUCCAAGUGGGCGAAUUGUCACUCCAAACCUGAAAAUGUUCACUUAUGCUGAGCUGAGAAGCGCGACCAGAAAUUUCAGACCGGACACGAUGUUGGGUGAGGGAGGUUUCGGAAGGGUUUUCAAAGGAUGGAUCGAUGGAAAGACUUAUGCUCCAUCCAAGGUUGGAAUUGGAAUCCCAGUUGCGGUCAAGAAAUCCAGUCCAGAUAGCCCACAAGGCCUAAAAGAAUGGCAGGUUAGUUAG